AUGCGUUUCUUAGCUGCCACCCUCUUCUUCGGGGCCGUUCUGGCUGAACCAUCUAUGAGCGUUAUGCUCAAGCAUACCGACGGCAAUGUGGCCGACUACCCCGCAAAAUGCUAUCCAGACCCCUGCAAAGGCAUAACCUACGUAAAUGAGACUGCCGUGUGUGGUGAUCCACGUCUAGGACCAAUCGAGCUCCCCAAGUACUUCCCUCUUUCGACAGAAGUCCAAACCUACCACCGCUUCGGCGACCUCUGUCCCUACGAGUUCCUUGAAAAGUACUCAUUGAACGUCUCCGACCCAAACGCGUACUUCAUUUACCCCGGUGCCGGCGGUUUCGCCAACACAACCGAUCAGAAGCCCAUCUCCGGCACCGCUACCCUGGUAGUGGGCCAAAAGGUGGAUCGGUUCGGAGAAGAAACGGGAACAUACCUGGCGCCCCUGGGUGCGCCCUAUAUCGAACGUGGUCUGCCGCCUAAGAACUUGUUUGCGCCGAAGAAUAGCAGUUAUCCCUAUAACUACCAUGUGUAUGAGGUGGUGGAGCCGAUUGAGGUUAGCUUGGGUCCGGUUGCAGCUUGGUUUGAGCAGCCAGGCCUUGGAACGCAGUUUGUCUUGUUGAACGGGGACACAGUCGGCAGCUUAGUGGGUCAUAAGCUGAAGAUCCUGGAAAAGAAGGAGUAUGAUCAGGCUUCGGACUUUGCCGCGAAUUAUCUGCCUACUCCUCCACACAAGGCUUAA